AUGCCCGAUAACCGAGCCGCCGUCAUCAGCGGUACAGAUGUUACCAUAUACAACUCCAGCACUAAGGUCCAGGAGUCAUCAAUGACUCUGCCAAACCUACCUAUGGCUCGCUCAAGCUCGGUCCUGGCACAGUCGCAUUGUCCAAAGCCGCCACAGACAAAUGCACAAGCAGAGUCAGAAGCAGAAGCACAGGUAGAAUCAGCUCCUCGGCCAUCAACAGCGCCAACUUUCCUCACUUCAGAGUCUAUUAGCCAGCUUCUGCCACCGAAGCGAGACCUGCCAUUUGCAAAGGCAAAGAAGAGGCUUGCUGAAAGAUCUCCAUCAGGGGUUCCCAGCCCCAAGAAAACAGGUAGAGUUGGUCAGGGAAGAGGUGGCCAGCAUAAUGCUUGCCCAGCAGCUGCAGAGAACGUAGCCAGAACAGCACAUACGUUAAUGGCAGGACCGAGCGUACAACAAGCCAGCCACAGUCUAACGAGGGGCAAAGAAGGCGAGAAAGAAGGUGAAUCUGGCCGUGACAUUGCAAGGCCCCUCCUUCCAUCUCCGAGCAUUUCGCCGCAGAAGGGAGGGGGCAAACACGGGGUGAGAAAAGACACGAUCACCACCACAGAUGGUGCAGUAGCGGGAGAGAAGGAUAUCGGCUGCUCCAAGAGCACAGGCCUCCUUCCAUUUACCCGUGAAGAUCUGUCGAGCUACGCUUCGCGCCCGAACGCCGAACGAUCCGAUCUGAUCGAGUCGUGGGUAUGCCAGCAAUUGCAAAACGACUCGUUCAUAACGCUCUGCCAGGACAUGGAGGGAGUCUGGAAACGACUUGCAUUUGGAUUUUGA